AUGGAGAGUGUGGAUGAAUUGGCGCCGGAGCCGGUGCCGGUGAUAGAUUGCAGAAGAAGUGGGGAGGCUGAUGAAGCAAGCCAGAGAGUUACAAGAAUCUGGGUCUUCGCUUUUAUGGAAGAUUUCGAACGAGGAGCAAUCGCUCCGCCAAAAUGCCAUUUCCAUCGAAUCUUCCAUUCGCCGCGUUCGUUCAUUGAUCAGCUCGCUUGUCUCUCAAAAGUUUAUGGAUCGCAAUCUCGCCAGGAAGGCAGAAACUCUUUAACCUUGCAUUUCGAAGAGGAUUUACAGAGAGCACCUGCAUUAUGGCCGAUGGAGACGCCGCUGCAUUCUUCCUCCCAAAUAUCAGGGGAGAUUUCUCAGGAGUUUCUGGGACCAAUCAAUGUGCGAGCAUCUCGUAAAGAAGUCCAGUUGAAAGUUAAGGAGGAAUAUAACAGCUACAGAGAUAGGACUGCCCUUCUGUUUCUUUUUUCCGUUAACUUUGCUUGUUUUAAGAUCAUGGAUUUGGAUGGAUGCUUGCCUGCAUUUCCAGUUCAAUUGUACGAGGCAUGGUUGUUGUUCCUUUACACUGGUUUGGCUAUGCGAGAGAACAUAUUGCGAAUAAAUGGAAGUGAUAUCCGUCCAUGGUGGAUACACCAUCACUAUUGUGCUAUUGUUAUGGCCCUAAUUAGUAUCACUUGGGAGAUUGAAGGACAGCCUAAUUGUGCUCAAAAGCAGAGAGGUGUAGAACUUUUCCUUCAAUGGGCUAUGAUGCAAGGAGUUGUCAUGCUUCUUCAAAAUAGAUAUCAGCGUCAGAGGCUUUAUACUCGUAUUGCUCUUGGAAAGGCUAAUAGAAUGGAUGUUGUCUGGGGAGAAGCAUCUGGUGUAGAUGGCCAACUAUGGAUCUUAUGCCCUGUACUUUUCCUUAUGCAGGGUUUCGAGGCAUACGUUGGGCUGCUGCUUCUCAGGUCUGCAUUUGCUGGGGUUGUUUCGAAAUGGCAGGUGAUUUGUUGUGGGAUACUUCUGGUUGUGAUGGCUGUCGGGAACUUCGUAAACACAAUACAGUCGCUCGUGACGAAAUCGAGGUUUAAGGCGAAGAUGAAAAGAACUAAGAACAAGCAGGAGUUGGAUUAGAGUAUCCCUAAUUGCUUGUCUUUAGAUGAGGUAUCGAUUUUUUAUAAUUGAUUUUUGUAGGCAGUAUUACAUCCAUAUGAAAUUACUCUCUUCUUUCCCAUCUUUCUUCUCUCUUAACCAAGCUGAAGAGAAAUGUAAAGUUGAGUGGGGAACAAGCAAUGCGUAUAAAUUCUUUUGACGGUUUGAACUGAAAUGAAAUAAAUGAAAUGUUUUGAAUG